GUGAACUGUGAAGUGUAUUUGGUCACUGACCUAUCUUGGUAGAGAUUUGAAGUUUAAACCUUCAAAUUAAUCAAACCAUUUUAAUUUGCCUAUAGAUUCUGAGUCACUGCUGCUAUGGCGCUACGCGUACUUCUUGUGUUGGGGAUGUUGCUGAUGUUGUGCCUUGUUAAGGUUUCAUCUGAUCCAAAGAUAGAAGAAGAAAUACUGGAAGCAGAAGAAGAAUUGCAGUUUCCCGAUAACGAGCCACUUAUCGUGAGAGACGCGAACAGAAGGCUAAUGCAAGAUAUGGAUUGUGGUGGGUUGUGCAAGACGAGGUGCAGUGCACAUUCGAGGCCCAACUUGUGCACUAGGGCGUGUGGCACGUGCUGUGUGAGGUGCAAGUGUGUCCCACCUGGUACAUCUGGAAAUAGGGAACUAUGUGGAACCUGCUACACUGAUAUGACCACCCAUGGCAACAAGACCAAGUGCCCUUAGAGAAACAAAAAGCUUCAUUAGAUUGGCCAAUUUGUGCUUCGUUCAUUAUGCAUCAAAGUUUAAGUGUACUCCUAUGUGGGGUGCAAUUCUGUUUACUAUAGCGAUGGAUUUGUGUGCACUACUAUGGCUAUAUUAAUUGACUGUUAGUGUUUUUAUUUAGGGUGUGCCUGUAUGAUUGAUGUGAUGAGCUAGUCAUGUAAACUUUGUGCCUUUGUUUGCGUUAAUAUAAAAUGUAGUACAUCACUGUACCUUUUUAUUUCCCACUUCA